AUGAAGGUACUCCAGCUCAAUCUCAACCACUGUGAAACAGCGCACUACUUGUGCAUGCAGAUGGUGCGGGAGUUGAAGCUCGAUCUUACCAUCGUCUCAGAGCCAUAUUGUCACCUGGACACUGGAUCCUGUGUUACUGACGCUAGCAAGAAAGCUGCGAUCUGGAACUGUGGGAAUCGGCCAUUCCAAAGUACCAUGAGUGAUAGCAUACAGAAGGGCUUUGUGUGGGGUAAGGUUGAUGGAAUCUAUUUCUACAGCUGCUAUGCCCCACCGAGCCUUGCUACCGAUGAGUUUACAGAUUUCCUGGAUAGAUUGACUCAGGAUGCGAAGCAGCAAUUUUCCGGGGACUUCAAUACUUGGGCAGUCGACUGGGGGAGUAAGGAGACGAACACUAGAGGGCAAGGUAUACUGGAAGCCAUGUCAGCGUUGGAUGUUGUUCUGAUGAACAGCAGCGAUGAACCCACUUGUAAGAGGGGAGAGGCGAGCUCGAUUGUGAGGAUUACCUUCGUGAGCAAUACCCUUGAGACGGGGAACUGCUCAUGGAGAGUAGCGGAUGUCUACACAGCAAGCGAUCACCGUGCGAUACUGUGGCAGGCAUGUACUUGCCAGAGAGUCACCAUGACACCUAAGAAAACCAACUGCAUUGGCUGGAGAGUGAGCAGUUUCGAUCCCAGCUCUUAUUCGAUAGUACUGGACGACCGCCCAAUCAGUGGCAGCAAUGCUACUGAAAAGGCAGAUAACAUCAUAAAGAGACUGACAGAAGCCUGCGAAGCCACCAUGUCCAGGAAGCGUACAACAAACCUACAUCCACCGGUGUAUUGGUGGAAUUAUACGAUCGCCGUUCUAUGGAAACAGUGUAACGCAGCCAGAAGAUUAUCCCAGCGUAGUCGAAAGAAGUUGGACUUUGAGGAGUUGGAAAUGCAAUAUAAGGAGGCACGCCGGAAGUUCAGCAAAGCGAUUAAAAGCUAUUGCUAUAAGAAGCAAUCCUGGAGCAAUCCUGGAGUAAGCUCCUUAAUGAGGUGGAAAGUGAUGCAUGGGGGAGACCCUAUUCAUGCGAUAGCAGAUCUGUUCUUGGACAUCUACAGCAAGUGCUUGAGGAAAGGUAUCUUCCCGGCCAUGUGGAAGCAGCAGAGAAUAGUAUUGCUCCCGAAAUGGAAUAAACUACCGGACGACCCUUCAUCAUACCGUCCCCUCUGCAUGAUAGAUACCGCUGGCAAGAUCCUCGAGCGUAUCGUCCACCAAAGGAUAGAAGCAGCAGUCGAAUCCUUGUUAGCCGAGAACCAAUAUGGGUUCCUAAAAGGCUGCUCCACCCUAGUCGCUAUCAACAUAGUCGUCAACACAGCCAGGGACGCGAUCUCAGGGAAAAGAUGGCUAAAUGGCACAAAGACAUACUGCUUGGUAAUCACGCUAGAUAUCAAGAAUGCGUUCAACUCGGCCAAAUGGAACCGUAUCCUCGAGGCAUUGUCGAAAUUCAACGUACCGGGAUACUUGCAGAAAAUAGUUGGCAGCUAUUUCACUGGAAGAGUCCUUAAAUACGAUAAGGAGUGCGGAUCCAAGGAGUACCGAGUUAUCGGAGGGAUACUUCAAGGUUCAGUACUGGGUCCUUUGUUAUGGAAUACCAUGCAUGAUGGACUGCUGAAGCUCGGAUUGCCGCGGGAAACUAAGCUCGUGGCAUUCGCAGAUGACCUGGCUGCAGUCAUCGUGGGCAAAUACCUAGAAGAGAUCAAUUACAGCUUCGACACGAUCUUCGAGACGAUGCACUGCUAG